CGGAGUUGGCCCCUGGGAAGGGCAAGGGGCGUCUCCGACGCUUGCCCUAACUCCUCUCCCUACGCACUGGCCCCUGCCCCGCUGCCCGCCCUCUCAGCCUAGCCCUUCACCCUGGCUGAGCGCACACUGAGCCUCUAGGCCGCCACAGAACUGGCUGGGUGAGAAGUCUCCUCUGUCCUUCCAAGUCAGCCUCCGGAAACCAGAGCCCCAGCCAGCCGCAGCAGGGUAUCAGAGAUGUUGCUCGAACCCGACCCCGAGCGGGACAGGGAGAGACCCGGAGUUCCUGCAGCGGCGGCGGUCUGCGCCUUCGGCGAGACCCAAGAGAUCCCCUUGUGCGCCGGCUGCAACCAGCACAUCGUGGACAGGUUCAUCCUGAAGGUCCUGGACCGGCACUGGCACAGUAAGUGUCUCAAGUGCAGCGACUGUCAGACACCGCUGGCGGAGAAGUGUUUCAGCCGUGGAGACGGUGUCUAUUGCAAGGAGGACUUCUUCAAGAGAUUCGGGACCAAAUGCGCAGCGUGCCAGCAGGGCAUCCCGCCCACGCAGGUGGUUCGGAGGGCUCAAGACUUUGUCUAUCACCUCCACUGUUUCUCCUGCGUGGUUUGCAAGCGGCAGUUAGCUACAGGCGACGAGUUCUAUCUCAUGGAGGACAGCCGGCUGGUCUGCAAAGCCGACUAUGAGACUGCUAAGCAGCGGGAGGCCGAAUCUACUGCCAAACGGCCUCGAACCACUAUUACGGCGAAGCAGCUGGAGACGCUGAAAAAUGCCUACAACAACUCGCCCAAGCCUGCGCGCCAUGUCCGGGAACAGCUUUCGUCGGAGACUGGUCUCGACAUGCGGGUGGUUCAGGUUUGGUUCCAGAACCGGCGAGCGAAGGAGAAGCGACUAAAGAAGGAUGCCGGGAGGCAGCGUUGGGGUCAGUACUUCCGCAACAUGAAGCGCUCCCGGGGCAACUCCAAAUCUGACAAGGACAGCAUCCAGGAGGAGGGGCCCGACAGCGAUGCUGAGGUCUCCUUCACAGAUGAGCCAUCCAUGUCAGAGAUGAGUCAUUCCAAUGGAAUUUACAGCAAUUUGAAUGAGGCUUCACCAGCGAUGGGAAGGCCAGUGGGCACCAAUGGUAGCUUCCCAAUGGAGCACAGUGGCCUUCCUGCUCAGGACCAGUAUCAUGACCUUCGCUCUAGUAGCCCCUACGGCAUCCCCCAGUCUCCAGCUUCCUUGCAGACCUUGCCUGGUCACCAGCCAUUAAUCUCCAGCUUGGUUUACCCUGACCCUGGCCUGGGCAUUGUGGCUCCAGGUGGACCUGGUGUGCCCCAACCCAUGCGGGUGAUGGGGGGAAAUGGACCCAGUUCUGACUUAUCAACAGGGAGCAGUGGGGGCUACCCUGACUUCCCAGCAAGCCCUGCCUCAUGGUUGGACGAGGUUGACCAUGCCCAGUUUUGAUAUAGGAUACAUCCCCAGCUCUAAUGGAGCCUGAGACCACAGGCUGGGUAUCUAAGAAACAGCAGGACUCCAGGCCACAUUUAUGGGGAGGAAGGAGUGAAGGGACAGAAGAUUGGGCCCCUGCCCUCCCUCCCUCUUCAUGUGCUGAACAUUCAACCAGGUCAUGGACCACCUUGAAGACUUUGGAUGCAGGGAAAGAAUGUCAGGGGGCUCCCUGGGUGCUUUCGGGACAAGUUUGAAUCCCCAGAUGGAGCCUUUUCAGGUUUGAAGAACUCUCCUCUUUUUCUUUCUGACCCAGCUCAUUCUUGUACAUGAGCAUAGACUGGGCCUCAGGAGCAGUCUCCAGCUAAAAAGACUGGUGUUUGCUUGUAUUUUUUUAAAUAGAGUCUUCUAUUUCAUCCAUUAACAGAAUAUGUCUGUACUGCUAGAGGAGAAAUGUUGCUCCAUUUACAGCCAAUCCCUUUUUUAAGCAUUCUUCUCUGGCUGCUCCUCCCUACCUUGAUCCAACACUUCAGCUAACAUUAUAGGAUUUUUUUAUUAUUAUUAGUUUAUCUGCAUUUAUUGUUUACACAUCAAAUAUUGGUGAGUCUAGGAAAGAAAAAAAAGCCCUCUUUAUUUGGAGCUCCAUGAAUUCAGAAUCUGUUUUACUUUCCACAUGGCAUUCUUGACUCUCAUUGAACCAAGAGCUCAGCAUGGACUCUGCUGAGACCUGAAACUUCAGUGUUGCUGACAUAUCCUUCCAGAACACUGACUGGUUGGAUGUCUAUUACAGGGUUUCACUGGCUAACAUAAUUUCAUUUACCAGAGUCCUUUAGUACCUUCCUUUAUAAUGAGAAUGGGUAAAAUCUUCUGCAAUGUGGGUCUUUCACUACUUCUGGCAGCCUUUCUGCUCUGACCACCACCCCUACCCCACCCUAUACAUGUGAACAUAUCACUGUUUAUCUUGAACAAGGGAGAUCUUCCUAGAUCACUUCUUACUCAUUGACACCCCCACCCUCACAGUCGGACCUCUUGGGAAAGGAAGAGCUCUAUUGGUUGGAGCUGUCUCUGUUUAUUUGCUCCCUCCAUCCACAUCAAACUGGCAAGUACAGUGGACAGCUCCUCCUUCUCUGCUUGAGCCUGUCCUUUCCAAGAGACUCUUUUCCCUGCCAAGAUUGGUUUAAGUUUGUAAACACAAGGGACUCGACGUUUGUUAGUUUCUUCUAAGACAUGGGGAAACCCCAAAAUGGUUUGAACUGCACUUAAUGUCUGUUGCCAACUCCCCCUUACUUUUGUCCCUAUGUUGGAUUUGGAUCUGGGCUUUGGUACAGCUUUCCCAUGGGCAAGGAGUCUGUCCCAUGACUCUAUUUUGUCUGCCAUUGGCCACUGGUCACCAUAGGAGGCAUCUGUAUUUCAAGAAGACCCUUCAGGCCCAGGGAGAGUUAAUUGUGAAAAAUGAGAACAAAAAGACAAAAUCACAUGUAUGUUGUUACCUGUAAAGCUGAAUAUUGAACUAACUGUAGAUUAUGUGAGCGUCCAGUGUCUUUUAUUUAUUCUCUGAUGAUCAAAUAUUUCAAGACUUCAAUAAAUUUGUCAGUUAAAGUUCA